AUGGGUCUGAUUGAAAAGUCUCGUAAAUUCUUCUCUAAUUUCCUCCAGCCUCAUUCGGAUCCUGAUUCUGAGAAUACAGCCGUUAAACCUCCGGUGCCGAAAAGCGAAGGCCCAAGAUGGAAACCGUUGAGGGGGCCAGCUAUGAUAUAUUCAGGGUUUAGGGGGGAAAAGAGAAAGAGAGAAAGCGACGAUGGAUGCUUUUAUCGACAGAAAAACAGGUUGCUCAAAGGCGGCUGGAUAAAGGCUGUCACGGAGGAGGAAAUGGACUACGACGACCUGAAAUGUCGCCCCUUGAUCGAAAUACUGUAUCCUGAGAUUGCUGAAGGCAUAAUGCCGGAAAUUUGGCCGACGUUUGCAAUAGAAGAAUUGGAAGCCGCCCAAGCGAGAUUGGAAUCACAGGACAGUUUUGAAUCACGGGACAGUUUUGAACCACAAGACACUUUGGAACCCCAGGAUAUUUUUGAAUCACAGGACAAUUUUGAACCUCAAGACAGUUUGGCAUCACAGGACAGUUUUGAAGGUCUACCAUCCGAUUUGAGUUGUACCCUGGACAACCUCACAGUCAUUGACGAUGACGACAUCAUCAUGUGGACGCCAUAUACAAGUUCCGAGGGUUAUAGUGAUUCUGAAGUAUCUUGCAUGGAAAGUAUCUCGGAGUGGGGAGACACAUACCUUGCAAGAAGACGCGAUUCCGAGAGCUCAAUCGAAGUACCUCUUUACCCCGAUGUGGCUAUUAAUGAGCUUCCUAUUGAUAGCGGUCUGAGAUCUGUACCGCCACAGCUGGAUUGGGCGCCGAGCUUGACGGGACCGUUGACUGGGUUUGCUCCAGAUGGUCACAUUCCUGACACUUCUGACGAUGGCUUUCUGAAAGAAUUGUUUGAGCAGUGGCUAGAAUAUCGCAUGAAGGCGCCUCCAAGAUCUGAGUAUAGUGUGAAAAUGAGCGACGAGGUGGAAGACGUGAACACUGAUGCCAGAGCUAAAGCAAAGGCGGAAGCGAGUUGGGACACGGAGAUGGAAACAGAAGCCGUAAUCGAAACUCAAGCCGGGGCCGAAAGAGAAGUCCAAGCUAGAGCUGGAGUUGGAGCCGGAAUGGAGACCGAGUUUGAACCAAGAAUGGAAAUAAAACUGGAAGAAACUGGAGCAGUAACAACCGUGGACGAAGCAAACGUUAGAGAAAGGUCUGGUGGAGAGAUUGAAGAAUUGGAGAUGGGAGAGGCAGAUGCCAGUGUCAGUGGUGAAGCAACAGGGACGACUCUGGAACCGGGAGGGACAGAAAGAGAAACAGAAACAGCAACAGUAGACUACAGGACAGAAAUGGAGGAAGCAGACAAGGAAAACACCAGACCAAAGGAAGCAGACGACGGUGAACGAGUGAGAGCCUACGAAGCUAUCUCUGAAGACGCAAUGAUGGAUGGCCUCGAGGAGACGACACCGGAAACGACACCGGAAACGACAUCGGAAACGGUUUAUAUCAACAAGGUGGCAGGCGAACCAGAACCGAGAGCUCCAGAGCCAAAAACUCCAGAGCCACAAACUCCAGAACAAAAUCCAGAACCGAGAGCUCCAGAGCGAAGAAACCCAGAACCGAGAAACCCAGAACCGAAAACUCCAACACCAGCGACAGUAUCGGAAUCGGCGCCAGAACCGACAUCUCCAACGCCAGCAGCUCCAAAAAGAAUGACUGCACUGAAGUUGGCAUUUCGAACAGUGUAUUCGCUAUUCCAGCAAGUUGGCACCAUUUCCGACGAUGACUAUGGGUUUGACCCAUGUUUCCGCUGUCAGCGGAUAGACGCGAUCUUAAUAAAACGCAUCAUAGACGUGCGGGAAAUGGUGAUGGAAGAGUUGCUGGACAUUGACGAGGGCCUUCGAAUUGUCGUGGAGUGUGAGACUAAGAGAAAGAAGGAUAAUGAAGAUGGGGGGGAUGGGGCAUCUUCCUGA